GCCCGCGGGAGCCGCGCGGCCCAGAGACCAGCCCGGGCGGCAGCGAGUGGAGCGGAGCCCACAGGCCCGGGCCGGCCCGGUGGUGCGAGCAGGAAGCGGGGUCCCUGGGCCCCUUUGUGUGAAGGGCGGGGGAGGGGUGCCGGGCCGCCCGUGGCCGCGGGGGCCCCCGAUCCGCGGCCCCCACCGCUUCCCUCGGGGGCGCGGCGCGUCUCCCCAUCCCGCCCCUCCGGGCUCUUCCUCCUCCCCACGCCCCCUGCCUGGGCCGCAGUUCCUAUAGGAAGGGCAUCUCUGUCCCAUCCCCACCCACCCGACUCUGGGCUUUUUCCCCUCCCCCUCCUUUAACUUCCUCUUCUUCCCCCGUCGGGCCCUUUGCCUGUCCGCACUCUCCUCCCCGGUUCGCAGAUUUCCGCCCACCUUCCGCCUCCCCGAGCCGCCGCAGCUAGCGGGGUGUUCUUUUCCCUCCCUCUGGUAGGAGUUGCUGAAGAUUUCUACCGCAAAGAGAUCGAAGUGGACUCUUCCCCCUCCGUGCUGGAAAUUCUGGACACCGCGGGAACUGAGCAGUUUGCCUCCAUGAGAGAUCUCUACAUCAAAAACGGGCAAGGUUUCAUCCUGGUUUAUAGCCUGGUUAAUCAACAGUCUUUCCAGGAUAUCAAGCCAAUGAGAGAUCAGAUUGUCAGAGUGAAGAGAUACGAAAAAGUCCCACUAAUCCUAGUGGGAAACAAAGUGGAUCUGGAACCAGAAAGAGAGGUUAUGUCUUCAGAAGGCAGAGCUCUAGCUCAAGAAUGGGGCUGUCCUUUCAUGGAAACAUCAGCAAAAAGUAAAUCAAUGGUGGAUGAACUUUUUGCUGAGAUCGUCAGGCAAAUGAACUAUUCAUCCCUGCCGGAGAAGCAAGAUCAGUGUUGUACAACUUGUGUCGUCCAGUAAAAAAGAACCUCAAUCCUGGCCAUACCGAGCAGAUAAAACUCAGAGGAAAUUUGCACAGAUGCUGCUUUGGAGAACUUUACAACCUGGGUUGCAGAACUGAGCCUUGGUAAACCUGUCUCUAUUACAGCAUGUUGCCAUACAUCUAAUUAAGUGCAUAAGGUCUUUGGCCUUCAAGAUCCAUAGACCUUAAACAGGAAUGCUUAGCACGUUUACCAUAUGUUUAAAAUCUGUUCUUUAUCAAUCAGUCCUUUUGUAGCUUUCUAAGUUCUUAUUGAUGGCUAAUAUGCAAGAAUUAAUUUUUAAUAUUUUAAUUGAUUUCUUUAAUCAGUUUCUCAACUUGUAUUUAUUAAGUACUCAAACUCAGUAUUACCUACUCAAUGCCUUUUAAAAGAAAGUUAUAAUGGAGAAAAAAAAUUGAGCCUUAAACAAAUGGUUACUUCUGUAUAUUACCUCGCACCAGUGCUUCAUUCUAUUUGUAAAAUCUUUCUCCUUUAAAUGGUUGGUUAAUACUUUGAGACUUCGUUUACGUGUGUGGCAGUGUUGUAAAAAGAAACUAAAGCUCACGUUUUACCUGUAUGGAUGGAAUAUCCCUUUUCUUCAAGUGCAGUUUCUUAUGUGUUUUUGUAAUUAACAUGUUCUGAAAGUUACAAUUGAUAUUUGAAAUUGACUGUAGAGCAUUUAGCUGAAGAGUUAAGCAUUUGAUUCCAUUAGGUUUUCACAUGUGUUAAUCUCAUUUACAGCAUCGAAUUGCAGCAGUAACAUUUUCCUUUCUGUGAAGUUCUAAAUUUAGUUAUGACCUACUUAGCAAUGCCUUUGAAAAGGGAUAUUGUAUCCAUGGUAAAUUAAUUGUAUACCUAAACAGAGAUCGCUCAGCUUUGCCUGUCAGGCUUGUAAUUGACAUCUAGUAGACUUCUGCACAUGUAAAAUUGAAUUCAAAUAAAAUCAUAUAUGCUUUCUAGUUCUUAAUAUUUGUCUUUCUGAGUAAUAGUUUUAAAGCAAUAUUUGUUAAAGUUUUCUUGCACUGUCACAAUUGCUUUUUAGUUAUUUCUCAAGAAGCAUGUUCGUAGUAGAGACAAAACUCUGUGUAACAGGAGAAGGUAGCGCCAAGCCUCUGGGCUUUUUGUUUGUUUUUUGGAUUUUUUUUUUCCAAAUGUGCUUCUAAUAGCCAUUGCCUUCCAUGUUGUUUACCUAAUCAGCACAUUUUAUCUGAAUACUUGAACAUUUUAACAGUAACACAGGUAUAGAAAUAGAAAGGAAACUUAUAAAGAGUAAUUUUUGGUUCAGUUUUCACAUCUUGGCCACAAGCGCUUUUUCUAGCAAUGACUUUAAAAUUUUGUAAGUUUGACAGUAUUUUCUUUUUGGGUUUUUAUUUGGUUGUAGUUGUGUGCUUUUAAUUUGCAGAAGUUAGUCAUCACAGCUCACCUACUGCACCAAAGUUCUCGAGUUUAGGAGCCCAGCUUUAGUCAUUUGAACAUGCUUCUAAAUAAAAACAAAACAAAAAAACCAAAACUAUACCUUUGAUCUAUAAUACUAGCUCAAUAACUUUGUCAAGGAAAGCUCUAAUAUAUGCAGUGAUGGUUUAUGGAAGGGUGUGGCAAUUUUAAAUUUAUAUUGUGUGUGAUGUUCAAAUAAAGUGAUAUCUACAUUCAUGUGAUUUAUUGGUCAGCAUGGCCAUUAAUUAUUGCGUAGAAAUUGAUUAAAGUUUGAUUUCCUUUUUUAAAAUCGUGUUGCAUUUGAUUCCUGAUCAAAUUCCCUCAAAUCGAAUGCUUGAUCUUAGAUUUUGAAUUUUAUGGUGUGAUUGUAAGGGUGGAAGCAACUGAAACAUUGUUCCUUAUUUAUAAACUGCUUGAAAUGAAUACCUAAUUUAAGUUUGCACUUUAAUACCAAACUUAAAACCAAACAGUCAGUUCAGAGUAGGUUAAGUGAUCAUGGUUCAUCUUUAUUAGCUGUGGGAAAUUCGAAAGGAAUCAAAUAAUUCAUGAUGAUUCAAAAUUUUAUGCAGAUGGAUUUUUUUUAUAUAUCCAAUAUUUCUUUCCUAUGGAUAGUUCCCCCAGCAGCAUUGAUCUCAGCAGUAAAUUUAACUUGAAUUCACUUAGGAUCGCAGGAAUCAGGGGAAAGUGAUUUAAAGGUGGUUUCUCCAGCACAUUUUAAGAAAAGGGACCAAAAGUUAUUUUAGCUUCCUCAAUAGAUUGCAUGUCAAGUUGCUUAUUAGGAUAAUAAAUUAAUAUUAAAUGCAAUAUAUGUCUCGUCUUUACUAUGGCAUCCGUUUAGGAGUUGUUCAAAUCACUGCAGUAGGGCUCUGCAAAUAAAAUCAUGUAACCUAUUAUGGAUCUAACGUACUGUAACUUUAUCAAUGAAAGGUAAAAAUCUCAAGUAACAAGUACAAGCAUUGAACAAUGACCUAUAAAGAUUUGUAAAAGUAAAAUUUUUCCAAUAGAUUUCAUUCUUGUCAUUUUGUAAGAUGACCCUGCAGUCCACCUGUUUGUAACUUUUUUAAUAAAAUAGACAUCUGUAUUACUGA